AGUCACUUGCCUCCUGCACGCACCUCAGACAUCAUACACGGCCACCACGCUCGCGGCCCGCUUGUAUUCAACGCACCGUGACUACUGCGGUCGGGGUUCUGAACGAAUGAGCGGCCUGUACAUUAUAGCCUUGUGACGAACACCACCUGAUUAGCGGCCCCGAGGUCGUCAGAAUACCAUGCUCAGCGAGACUGGACGACCGAAGGAGGGAGAACUUGUGGCUCCACGUCGCGUUCGUCACAUUACUUCAAUCCAAGUCCGCAAUCUUACACCAUUUCCCAUCCGCGAUGAGGCCGCCUCUGCCCUUGUCUUGCCCUCCGAACAACCGCAAUUCACUCCACAUGGCAAUCUAUCUGAUGAUUUGGAUGUCACGCUUGCUAGGAAACGUGGCAGGCGCAAGUCGUACGUCUCCGCACAGACCCUCUUCUCUAACGAGCUUUCCGGGGCGGACGGCAGCCCGAGUCUGAAAGAGUCUCUUACAAAGAGGCAGCGCGCAGCGUCGAGAGCAAGCGUGACGACCUCGCCGAACCUGAAGGGCCGUCCUAAUGGCCCUCCACCUACUGCAAGACCCACGCUGAGGGCACGCACUCCCUCGAUGGCGUCCUCCAUAUCUAACUUUUCCUCAUCCGUCCUCGAACCCGCGACAUCCUCGACGCCAUUUUCUGGACUCUUACGAGACACUUCUCAACCUGCUCUGGAGAGGGUGUUACAGUCGCGCCUGGUGGAGACAUUUCUCACUGUCACUAUACCUCCUACUUGUGACAGUGCUGACGAGAGCGACUUGGAGACCUUGUCGUCGGCAAUGAAAGAUACCAAAUCGCAAAGCAACUCGCCGCAACCACCUCGUCGUAACACUACUAUAGCUUCAGGAAGUAAUGGCGUGCCAAAGCUCGCUGACCCUAUGCGACGCGGGUCGUUGUCCAAAGGGACAUCGGCUCGAAUUACUUCCGGACACCAUCGAGCCAUGUCUUCUUCUGCGGCUUCCUUAACGAAGGUUAUCGCGAAACCAUCCGCUCCGCAGACCUUGCCACGAUCCAUGACUCGAGACCAUGCACUCUCAAGGCUGUCCUCUACCUCUGCUCCCCAUUUAAGCACACUAGAUCCUGCCCCACCCAAAGACGACUUUCCUGUAAUUCCAGACUACCUGUCGCCUAUCCACCAACCGUCGAUAAAUCCGUCUUUCAGCAUUGAUGCCCGAAGUCACUUUGAUUUUGCGCAGGACACUGAUCUGAGCAUGGCACGUAUGUCGGUUGAGAUCUGGGGGAAAGUAGUGGACCCGAAGUCAUCGCGCCAAUCCAACGGCAAAGGAAAGGAGAAAGCGCGGUAUGCAGAUGAGAGAGAAGUGGUCGACCAGGGUGGAGAGUGGAAGGUCUUGGAGCGGUGGGAUGUGAAUUUGAACGACCUGAUACCGCUCCAGAAUAAUAUCGUGCAUUAUCCUUCUCGCCUUCCUCCGAACACAUUGUGUGUGACUCUCGACCCUCUGGGCCAAACCUUCUAUCUGCCGUCCUUGCGCUCAAGCCUCUCAGUGACGCUACCUUCGCGCUCAUCUUCACCGGAAACGGGAUACAACUCAGAUGGGGAGUCCGGUAUUCGGAGGAAGUUCACAGCCAAGUCUAGUGAAAUUCCGGCUCCAAACGUGAAGGCGAAUGAACUUACCCCGGAUCUCAACGAUUUACGCAUGUCCUUGGCCAGACGACAUGGUAGUGAGCGCAAGAGCGUAACCUGGCAGGAUUUGUUCAAGCUCGUAACUCUACAGGCCGUCAUUCAAGACACAGCAAAGUUAUUAUCGGAUGUCGUGCGCGAUAUUGACAAGCUUGUUACAACCAAUGAUGUCAGUACUCUGACUCGCGAAGCUUCGGAGCGCAACGCUUGGGUGAAAGAACUGCGUCGCGAGGUCGACAAUGUUGAGCAAUGCUCAAGGACUCUGAAAGAGAGGUUGCAGGCGAAGAGGGAGGACCUACGUAUCCGGCGGCAGAUUCUUGCAGAGGCCCGCGAGGUGCACGAUGAAGACUUGCAACAAGAGGUCGAGACUGAGGCUUUGUUUUCCUCUGAGAGUCAAAGACUCAUACAGCUCCGCCACCGCAUAUCGCCAAUGCAGAACAUGUUGAUUAGCACUCUCGCUUUCAUCUUUCCGAUAGAUCUACUCUCCCCGCCAGACCUGCUCUUCACUAUACUCGACGUCCCGCUCCCUAUCCCGAACGCGCCGAUGGAUCCUGCGCCACCGCUCUCGCUGUCUUCGCACAAGGAGAUCAACGAGGAGACCGUUGCGACCGCAUUGGGCUUCGCCGCACAGGCGGUCCAAUUAUUGGCAGCGUAUCUUGGUAUACGCUUGACGUAUCCUGUUACUUGUGUUGGUGGCAGGAGCUUGAUCAAGGAUAGCAUAUCGCAUAUGGUUGGACCUCGGAUGUUUCCCUUAUUUUCCAAGGGUGUGGACACAUACCGCUUUGAAUACGCAGUUUUCUUGCUGAAUAAGGAUAUCGAACUGCUCAUGACCGAGCGGAACCUUAGAGCUUUGGAUAUGCGUCAUACAUUGCCAAACUUGAAGAACCUGUUAUUGACACUCACUAACCCUGAUACGCUGCAAACAACAUCCUAUCGUCCUCCAAGCGUGGCGUCCACGACCAUCUCAGCUCUACAGUCUCCAGUAUUCGCGCCGUCUACUCUUCCAGCGGUCGGAGAGCCUGCUUCUUUUGCGCCGACCGACUCCGUCUUGGCAGCGUCCGAAGAGGACGGAAGUGAUGGUGAACCAGCAAGCGGUGCUGUUACACCUACGAAGAUGCCAGAGCCGGUUAACAUGCCCACCAGCACGGUGAGAAAAUCGAAAGGCUUCCUCGACCUCACUCCGCUGUCGGGCUUUUUUAAGCGGAAUCCGUCUUCGUCCCGGGGUUCCGCCAAGGCAGAGCCACCGCUGGAUGACGACCAGACAGGAGAGGCGACUCCAACGAUGGCAUCUACUUCUACACCUGUGGCUAGUCCUGCGUCUGCGCCUGAGUUAGCCAAGGCGCAGGCGGAGGGUAGCGGGAGCGGGGACGACGAGGACGACUCUGAUCGGCGGACGAUCCGUGCAUCCACGUCCGGGGAUGGUGCUGAAGAGAACAAACAAGGGGCAAAGAUUCGCGCCGGCAGAGUUGCAAUCAACGGCAACGGGACAGUACUCGGACAUGGCGCUCAGGUGGGGGAGAAGAUUGUCGAGCCCGCUUGCUCGCCGAGCGUGGUGGACGGCGUGAGCUGACGGUCCCUGUUUACCAUGCGUGCUAUACGGUACAACUAUACUAUACAUUGGAAUCUGCUUCCGCGAUGAUCGCGCAGGCUCGGAGAUAAUAUAUACACUGGACCCGCAGCC